AUGGCUAAAUUGGGUGCUUCGCUUCUGAAGAAGUUGAAGGCGUUGAAGACACACAUGAAGUCCAAGAAGGCCUCUCCAACUCAAGCAUCGCCCGCAACCCCCUUCGCUCAAGCUUUGAACCAAGCCGUGGCAGGAACUCAAGCUACGACAACUCUCUCUACCGCUGGACAAAGUCUCUCCCCCGUUCUACCAACUCUCCCUACCGUAGUACCGACUCUCUCCUUUGUUGUGCCAUUCAUCGUACCGGCUCUCAGAACUAUUCCGCCGGAGUUGCACUUGAUGAUCUUCGACGAAUGCGAUGAUUGCACAGCAGUCUGCUUGAGCUUGACAUCCGGUUACUUCCAUGCCACUCAGCGCCGUCGUCAACGUCUUCAGGGUCGUCAUAAACUCACCAUUGAUUCCUUGAUGCUUCAAACCACUCUCAACAUGGCCGCUCCUGUCUACCUGUUUGAGCUCAUCGAAGACUUCAUGACUCACAGUGCUUCUGAGGACACUCAAUCGCACUACCACUGGCUUGCCCGCGUGUCCCAUGCUGUUGUUGAAAACCCUCAAUGGGCUGAGCAACGACAGCGUGCCCUGCGCCGCCGCGCAAUCCGACUCAGUCGAUUUGGCUCCCUCUCCUGA